AUGGUGGUGCCCCAAAGACCUCAGCCAGGUACUGGCCAACUUGAAGUUCAAGCCUUUUGCGGCUCUUCUUCCAUCUCCAAGAUUUCAUCCACAUACCCUCUGAAACUCGUGUCGCCGCCAUCCAGAUCAACUGACCAUGCUGUCCUCGUCUUUAUGAUGAGCUAUGGUGGUGGGUUGGUCGCCGGCGACCGUGUAGACUUGAAUAUCAGACUUCGACCGAAAUCGCGACUGGUCCUUCUUACACAAGGAAGUACAAAGGUGUACAAAACACCAUCCAAGUCAAUAUGUUCAUACCAAAAUCUCACUGUCACGGUCGAAGAAGGAGCAGGGCUCCUGCUAUUACCGGACCCGGUACAGCCAUUCAAGGACAGUUUGUAUGAGCAAUGUCAAAUAUUUCAUGUCCACUCUUCGUCAAAUAUACUAGUCCUAGACUGGGUUUCCGAAGGACGAACUGCAAGAGGCGAGGCAUGGGAAUUUUUUGGAUGGAAGGGUCGAAAUGAGAUUUGGUCGCUUUCUGAUCCAGAAAAAGGAACCAAGAAGAAGCUCUUGAUCCGAGAUAGUCUGAUUCUGGAUGAAACAUCAUCUACAAAGCAAAACUAUAAGAAUGAGAUGGAUGAUCUCGGGGUUUUUGGUACUCUCAUCAUUCGAGGCACAAUGUUUCGUGCUCUUGGCGACUUCUUUCUCGCAGAGUUCUCCCGUCUCCCACGUAUUCGGACAAAUGGGAAGCUUCAUGAACAAGCUGAUUUGCACUCAGGUGAAUCUGUCAAAACAUGGACUGCUGCUUCUGUGCGAGGCUCUGUCAUCGUCAAAUUUGGUUCUCGGGAUGUCGACGCUGCAAAACGUUGGUUGAGGAAUAUAUUAUUGCAAGAUGGAACAGUGGGGAGGGAGUUUGGGGAACGCUCUUUGUUGUGUCUACAUUGA